UAUUUAUCCUAAUCAUAUGAUGGUUAGGUAUAUCUUUGCCAAGACGAAGUGGUAAUCUCUGUCAUUAUUAUACAGGGACUUUACAGCAGUCACCUCUCUGUCAUUAUUGUACAGGGACUUUACACCAGUCACCUCUCUGUCAUUAUUAUACAGGGACUUUACAGCAGUCACCUCUCUCUAUUCUCUUUGAUUUCAUAAAACAAGUGUAAGUUUUGCUUUAAUUGCUACCAAAUGUUAAACACUACCAUGCUUUCUCAAGAUUUGAUUGAUAAGCACUCUAUGUACUUGAACUAUAUUAAACCAUCAGAGACUGUCGACAUCGCUACAGCCGAGUAUACCGACAAUACAGAGGAGUUUACCCACGGACUAGGAACAUUACAACCCAUGGACCACAAAACUCAAAUCAAUACUCAUCAUUCUAUUGAGGGCAUCUUAGCUGGACGUAAAGAAAUGGACAGAUUACACAAAGAAUUUAUUGACCAUACAACUAAGAAUUCAGAAACCUCUCCGGAAAACAAAAAUAAAACACCAAAGUUGGAUAAAGGAGUUUCUAAGGAUCUAAAUUCAUCGACUGAUAGUUUGUCUCGGAAGUCAGAUUCGACGGAGGACGAAGACGAAAAUAUAAAGAAAGAAGAUGACAAUGACGCUAGAAAUAAAAAGAGACGAAAUAGGACGACAUUUACAAGUUUUCAGUUAGAGGAAAUGGAACGUGUGUUCCAAAAGACUCAUUACCCAGAUGUAUAUGCGCGGGAACAGUUGGCGCUUAGAUGUAACUUAACAGAAGCCCGAGUACAGGUCUGGUUCCAGAACAGAAGAGCAAAGUGGAGGAAGCGAGAACGUUAUGGCCAGAUCCAGACUAUGAGAGGCAUGACAUCCGGACCGUUUGACAUGGGACUAGGUAGACCAGAAUCAUAUUCUCAGAUACAACACAAUCCAUGGAUGGGAGGACACCAGAUGCCAUACGCAAUGCAGAAUUCUAAUUGUAUGGUAAACCAUUCACAAGUUCCUAGUUUUAUGAACCUUGCUCAUCAGGGACACUUCCCGUCACCCCAGACCGGGCUUCAUCAAUCACCCAUCUCAUUAAACGGUACCCAGUCGCCAUCGUUUGAAUGUGAGCCUACCGAACGGCGGAGUACCAGCAUAGCUGCCUUACGAUUAAAAGCACAUGAACAUAGUGUUGCAAUGGGUUUAUUUAGUGCGUACGGAAAGUAAACAAAAUAUAAUACAAUGUUAUGUGCACAAACAAAUACACUAAUUAUUUAAUCAUUGUGUUAAUUAACUAUCUGUGAAGCGAUAAAUAAUAUUCUAGUUCAGCAAACAAUGGUGCUAUUUAUAUAUAUAUAUAUUGUAUAUAUUGAGUAAUGGAGUAUGAGGUGGAAAGGCCAUGAUUGUAUUGGCGAAAAAUGAGGAGAAACUUUCAUUGGUGUUUUAUAAGAUGUCAGAAGAUAAUGAAACAUUAUCGAAAAAUUGACAUUGAAAUUUGAAACUAUAGAAAUGUAAAGUCUUUCAAUGACCGAACUGCAAAUGUUAAGUUUCUAACUUGAUCUAAAAAGCCUAUAUAUACGGGUCUGUCAUGAUAGAAUAUUAUGGUCUGUUCACCAAUGUUAUUUGUUUACGACUUUUGUUUCAUUUGAAGAUUUAGCAUUAGUAAACGUUCACAUGAUGGAAUGCAGGUUUGAGACGUUAUCAACCAACAGCUUUCUUUUGAAAAUUCUUUUGAUAUGCAACUGUAACACCAUGCGAGGAGAACUUCCAGCAUUGCAAAACUAUUAUGUAUCUUCAAUUAAAACACCGAACCACUCAACAUUAGUGCUUUUGUCAAUAAAUUGAGUUUGAGAAGGAAUGAUAGAAUUAGUGAUGACAUUAGCUAAUUAGAGAAAGGAGUUUACUGGAGAACGAUCGCAUACCAGAGUAGUAGAUAUAUAAUCAUCAUGUUUCCAUGUGUUUAUUGGUAUAAAUUGUGUAAAUUACAUCUACUAAUGAACUUAUAAACAUUACUUAUGUUGGGGAUAUCUCUAUGAUUGUGUUAAACAUUACUUAUGUCGGGGAUACCUCUAUGAUUGUGUAAAUACCGUAUAAUACAUUUAUUGAUGAUAUUAAAUUAUCUACUUGAAUAAAGAUUUUAUAGUUGAUUUUGUCGUCAAACGGA